AUGGCUUCUCAGACAUUAGAACAAAUAUGUUGUGAGCAACCAACCACGGCUGACAAAACUCCCAAAACUACUCAAACGACGUCCACUGAGGAAGUGGUGGAACGCGCUCAGUGGCUCCGAGCAGCCAUUCUCGGAGCCAACGAUGGGUUGCUCUCGACAACCUCUCUACUGCUCGGUGUUGGCGCGGCCAAGCAAGACCGUUGGUCCAUGGCUCUCGCCGGACUUGCUGGAGCUUUCGCAGGCGCUUGUAGCAUGGCGGUGGGCGAGUUCGUCUCCGUUUCGACUCAGAGAGACAUUGAGGAAAAGCUUUUUCUGGAAAACAAGCCCACGUGUCCGGAGUACUACUCUAAAUCAGCUACUCCAGGAAAGUCACCGGCGGUUGCGGAAGAACAUAAUGAAACAGAAAGCGCUCUGCCAGUUGUGUUGCCGAAUCCGCACAAGGCAGCGGCAGUGUCAGCUCUGGCGUUUUUGAGUGGAUCGGUUGUGCCAUUGAUACCGGCUGCGUUGGUUGCCGACCAUGCCACGAGUGUUAUAGUGAUUGUGGUGGUGGCUACUUUGGCGCUUGCUGUGUUUGGUUGGGGUGGUGCAAAGUUUGGUGGGUCGUCCCGGCCUAAGGUGUCGGCGGUGAGAGUUGUGGUUGGAGGGUGGCUGGCCAUGGCGGUUACUUAUGCUUUGCUUAAGCCUUUUGAUAGAGAUCAUGGGAAUAAAUAUUGA